AUGAAAAUCUGCCUAAAAAUAAUAUUUGUAUUAUACAUUUUUAUAAAUUAUGUUAUCACAAAUGUUCAAUCAAAAAAUGUUUCUAUCAAAAGUACCAAGUUUGUAAGAAGAUAUAGUAAAGACAUUAAGGGGGUAGAUUUAAAAAAUAGUUUUAUCAAUCAAUAUAAUAAGAUAAUUAAUGAAGAAUUUGGAUAUAAAAAUAAUAAAAGAAUGAAAACUGAUAUAAUGAAAAUGAAUAAUAGUAGUCAUAAAUGCUUAAAAAGAAUUUAUUCAAAUGUUGGCAAUGAUAAUGAUAAUACUGAAAAUGAAUAUGUGUAUAAAAGAGGGAAUAUAUUAUGUAACGAAAAAAUGAAAUUGCUAAUAAAAAUAUUAAAUGCAAAAAAAUGGUAUGAUUUAAAGCUUUUUUCUCCAGGUAAAAUUAAUUUAUUUUUAAGACUAAAAAAGAAAAAAGAAAAGUUUAAUGAAUUGUCAACACUAAUGCAAGCUAUAAACUUAGGAGACGAUAUUUUUAUAAAAGCUUUAAAUAAAGAUGAACAAGAAAAAUUAUCAUCGAUAUUAUAUCCAUGUUUAUCUGGGGACUUCCUAACAAUAGAAAAAGAGGAAAAUAAAGAAAUGUGUGAAAAAAAAGAAACAGAUAAAUAUGAAUAUAUGGAUUAUCCAUUAAAUGACAGUAAUAUAAUAAUAAAAGUUUUGAAAAAAUAUAGAGAAGAUUUAAAUAUAAAUGAUAAUAUACGAUUUUUAAUUCAUAUUAAAAAAAGGAUACCAAUUUUUAGUGGAAUUGGUGGUGGUUCAUCAAAUGGAGCUUCUGUUUUUUAUUAUUUAGAAAAGCAUUUUUAUAAAUAUUUAAAAACAAAUGAAUUAAAACAUAACUUUUUAAAAGAAAUAGGAAGUGACAUAAGUUUUUUUAGUAGCUCAGGAUUUGCUUAUUGUACAGGAAAGGGGAAUGAUAUAGUUGAUUUAGUAAAUUGUGACCCUAUUAUAUCAGGAAAAAAAAUAUAUAUAUUUAAAAUUGAUGAAGGAUUAUCAUCAAAAUCAGUUUAUGAACAUGUAGAUUAUGGAAAAAUAAUACAAUACAAUCCGGUUAGCUUGUUAGAGAAAUUUAUUUCCAAUUUAAGACCCAAUUUAAAUAACGAUAAAAAUAAUAUAAUUGAAAUUGUGAAAAAAAGGGAAGAACAUUACAUGAAAAAUUUUGUUAACCCAGAUUUGGAUAUACAAAAUAUGUUUGUGAAUGAUUUAGAACUUCCUGCUUUUUUUUUGGUUAAAAAAAUAAAAAAUUUAAAAGAAUUUUUAGCUAGCCAAAAUAUGUUUGAUGUUGUAGCGAUGAGUGGAAGUGGAUCAUCGCUAUUUGGAAUUACAAAAAAUAAUGAAAAUUUAGAUCACAAUAAAAUUAAAGAGUUAAUUAAACAAGCUGAAAAAAAUCUAAAUAUUAAUAUAAAAGUAUAUUCAUGUGAAAUUAUAAGAAAAAAUGAAAAUUCCUGGUAUACUUCAGACAAAUUAGCUGAAGUUGUAGUGUAG